AAACAAUUAACAAUUGUGAAAAGCGCUAUAUAAAUAAAAUUGAAUUAUAGCUGCAAAGAAUGGGCCAACUCCAAAUGAAACCCUAUGGAUUAAGAAUGAGAUGUCAUUCCGAUUCAUGUGCAUAUAAAGGCAGGUGUCCCAAAACGUUUGGCAAUAUAGUGAAUAGGUCUCUUCUUUAGCAUCGGUCAUAAGUGAUUCUCCAGAGCGAAGAGAUUUUGAUGGGAAAACCUUUGGGACAGCAAAGAUAUUUUACAUGCCGUGGUUUGUUCUGUGAUAUGUGUGUGUAUGAUGAAUAAAACCUGGAGAUUGGUAGAGGUGUCUACUGUUUUCUGGAAUGUCGGCCAGGAUCCAGACAUUAAAGAAUCCAUUUACACAGCCUGAAAAAAAUGUCUCGUAAAAGCAAAUGUACACCCUACAGCCAAACCACACUACAAAGGGCAAAUCAUUGGUACAAUGCAAGUUUGUUUUUGUAGCCUAAUUUAACUUUCAAAGUGUGGAUAAAGCGAGACAGAAGCCACAGUAUAAAUUCUUUACAGCACUCAAAAUCACUUUCUCUUCCUUUAAACAGACAGUCUGUCUGUUUUUCAUUUCCUUUUGACUUUCUCCAAAUUUGUGUUACUCUGGUAUUCAUUUAUUCUCUUUCUGUCAGUCUUUCACUUUUAGACACAUUCUUGCACCGUGUCUUUCCAAUGAGAAUUAUGGGAUCAGUUAACAAUGAAUUAAUAACUGCUUUAAUGUAAUAUGUGACCCUGUCUGUGAAAUGCAGACUGAAGACAUAGACACUGUUGCACUGUAAGAAAAAACGUUUUCAAAAAGUACACCUCUAAAGGGUGCUUAAUAGUUCCUUGAUGGUACAUAUUCAUAUACAAUAUGAAGGCUUUCUAUUGACUUUCAUUGUUUUAUAGAUUUUAUAUAGAGACACAAAAAGAUGGUUGAAUGCAUGGACGGAUAAAAGAUACACCGAAAGUCUUAUUCUCAUAAAUCGCUCAUCAUUAACAGAAUCUUUGAUUUCAGUAAAUAAGCAGAGGAAUGCAGAUGAAUGUAUUUAUGAUGACAGGUGAAGACGUUGCUAUUGGAAGCGGCUUAAUACUGAUGAGUUGCUGCUAUCACGCAUACUUGAUCUGUUUUUCAUUUAUUUAAUAAGAAUGGAAACCUGAUGCCAAACAUUUCUCCCUGCCAGAUCUCAAGGUUUGGACAGAAAGAGUAAGUGGUGACAGUGUUCAUAUAUGCACAUGGAGGGUCUCGUGAAACCUAUCACCCAUUAGUGGGCGUGCAAGUGGGUGUGUACUGGGGUUCUGUGUCUACCCCUCUCGUCCCUUUGCUUUGCUUUACCUCUCUAUUUCUUUCUUUCUCUCUCGCACACACACACAUAGUCUAUGGUCUCUUGGUUGUUCUUCUGAUACCUGUAUAUAACUCUCUCACACACACACACGUUCAUCUUAAAGAUGGUCUGGACUCGUGCGCUUCUGCUGGCACUGCUGCCCACCAUAGUCCUUUUGAUUGUGUUGGCGGGGGUUGAAAGUGCAGCUGUAAGAAAUGGAAAAGAAAGCGAACCUAAGGAAUCAUCGAAAAGUGUUUUCAUGCCAGCGUCUGACGCCUCAAACUUCUUCAAACGCCGCAGUCGCAGAUCCCCAAGUGAUUAUGAAGAGUACUAUGAGCAGCGAGUGAAGGUGUCCACAAAUGAGAGGAGGAGAGAAUAUUUAGAGGAACAAACUACAGAGUAUGAGAACUAUUUAGAGGAGGACCGUAAUGAGCAGCACGAGAGAAGCAGAGAGAAGACCGAGCAAUACAGAGAAUUUAACUACGAUGGGCAGUACCCACGAUACCCUCACCAUCGCUACUACGCCUGAGAGACCCUCAGCUGGUUAAGUUGGUUGAAGGAAUGACUUCAAGAUCAAGUUAAUGACCAUGACAUAACAUAAUUAUUCAAAACAUAUAAGAACUUAAGCAUUUAAAAACCUUAACACAGAUAAUAGGGAGUGUGCGUUCGAAAUUAUAUUUUUGUGCUGUUAUGACACCGUUUAAUCAUUUCACAUCAAUCAUCUUAAAUGUAAUACUUUACUAUUGGACUUUAUAUUGUCCUGUCAAAACUUUUCAUCAUCUUUCUUUAAAGAGUAAGCGUUUAUUCCUUUCUCACGCUGUAAAAAAGUUGGUUCAACUUAAAAAGUAGGUUACCUGAUUUUUGAGUUAAUUCAACUUAAAAAGUAAGUUACGUGGUUUUUGAGGUAAUUCAACUUAAAGGUGUCAUACAAUGUAAAACUGUAUUUACCAUAUGGCACAGAUAGCAUAUAGCACUAACUAGCAUUUAAGCUAAAGUUCUACUAUUGAUGUUACAGUUACGUUUUAAAGGUCCAUAAA